AUGAUAUUAGCUGAAACUCUUCUGUUUUCAUUGACACUGAUCGACAGCGGUGGAAUAUUAUUUCUUCUAGUUUACUACAUAAUUACGCUAUCUGACCUGGAAUGUGAUUACUUGAAUGCUCAAGAAUGCUGUGAAAAGCUUAACUAUUGGAUGCUACCAAAGUACAUAGCGCACAGUUUUAUAACGGUCCUAUUAUUAUUACAUGGUCAGUUGAUCUUAUUCGUUUUGAACUUGCCUUUGUUUAUUUGGCUAACGUUCGAAUACUUUACCGUUCCUCGGGGGAAUUUAGGUGCAUACGAUCCUGCAGAGAUCCUGAAUCGAGGACAACUCAGAAAGCAUUUGAAGGAUGUAAUGAUUAAUGUUGGUUUUUAUUUGAUAUCAUUUUUCAUUUAUCUAUAUUGCUUUAUAUUAGCGUUGCUCAAAGGCGAUCCCCUCCAGAGGUCAGCAGACGAUCAAAUUGUAACCGAAAUAUAA